GGAAGCUUUUACGUAUCCAUUUGUGCGUAGACGCAAUUGACGUGAACGUAAGGCUGCUGAGCGCUAGGAAAAUACACUCGCAGGUGGGAAAGGGAAGCGCAUUGUUGACAGGUGGACGGAAAUAUUUGCCCGAAAGCACAGACGAGAGAUGGAUUUAAAUAAAACGCUGUGUGAGAGCCUGAUUGUUUGGCUGCAGACCUUCAAAACUGCAGCCCCCUGUAAGACCGUGGACGAUCUGACCUCGGGGUCAGCCAUGUCUCAGGCUCUGCAUCAGAUAGAUCCUUCAUGGUUCAGUGAGAGCUGGCUGUCUCGCAUUAAAGAGGAUGUUGGAGAUAAUGUAAGACUCAAGCUGAACAACCUCAAAAAGGUCCUGCAGAUGAUUGUUGAUUAUUAUAAUGAGGUUUUAGGUCAGCAGAUCACAGAUUUCCCUCUGCCUGACCUGGUGCGUGUGAUAGAGCAGUCUGAUCAAGUGGAGCUGGGACGCCUCCUACAGCUCAUCCUAGGGUGUGCAGUCAAAUGUGACAGGAAACAAGAAUAUAUCCAGAUAAUUAUGACCUUGGAGGAAUCUGUACAGCAUGUGGUGAUGACUGCCAUUCAAGAGCUAAUGAGCAAGGAGAAUAUGUCUCAGUUAGGAACAGAACCUCUUGGAGAUGUUGAACACCAGCUAAAGAAAGCCUUGGAGGAUCUGACUGAGGUCAUAGCAGAGAAAGAAGAGUUGGCACAGCGAUGUCAGGAGCUCGACAUGCAGGUGACAAUGCUGCAGGAGGAAAGGAACAGUCUCCUGGCUGAAAAUGACCUACUGACUGAUCGAGCCAAUCAGCUUGAUACUUUUGAUGACCCCAGCACUCCAUCGGGGAGGAAGCACAGCCAGCUACAAAUACAGUUUGAGCAGCUUCAGGAGGAGACCUUCAGACUGGAGGCAGCUAAAGAUGAUUACCGCAUCCACUGUGAAGAACUGGAGAAACAACUAGUGGAGCUUCAGCAUCGUAAUGAUGAACUAACCAGCUUGGCUGAGGAGUCAAGAUCGCUUAAAGAUGAAUUAGACAUAUUAAGGAGCUGCUCGGACCGGGCAGUGAAGCUAGAGGCCUCUGUUGAGACGUAUAGGAAGAAGUUGGAAGAUCUAAGUGACCUCAGACGGCAAGUGAAAGUUCUGGAGGAGAAGAAUAUGACCUACAUGCACAACACGGUCAGCCUUGAAGAGGAACUGCGCAAGGCCAAUGCUGCUAGAGCUCAGUUAGAGACUUACAAAAGACAGGGUCAGGAGCUCCACAAGAAACUGUCUGAUGAGUCCCGUAGGGCUGAUAACCUGGCCUUUGAGAUGAAGAAAUUUCAGGAGAAAUAUGAUGCUCUACUGAAAGAGAAAGAGAGGAUCAGCAUUGAGCGGGACACUCUCAGAGAGACCAAUGAAGAACUGCGAUGCACACAGGCCCAACAGGACCAGCUAUUACUAGCAGCAAAGUAUCAAACAGGAAGUCCAAGCCAUGAUAACCUAGCAGCUGAGAUGUUGCCCAUUGAGUACAGGGAGAAGUUCAUCCGUCUGCAGCAUGAGAACAAGAUGUUGCGGCUGCAGAAGGAGGAGUCUGAGAACGGGCGCAUAACUGAACUGGAGGAGCAGCUGGAGGAGGCCCGGCGUGGACGGAGCCAACUGGACACUGAGAAAAGGUUAAACAGUGAAAGAAUCAGCGAGCUGCAGCAGCAGGUAGAGGAUCUGCAGAAGGCCUUGCAGACACAGGGAGCCAAACCUGACGAUUCUCACCUGAGGAGGAAGCUGGAUGCUCAUAUGGUGCAACUGAAUGAGGCGCAAGAUGAGAUCAUGAAGAAGAAAGAGCUCUUGGAGGACCUUCAGCCAGAUGCUACUCAAACCAGUGUGAAAAUGGACGAGCUGGUAGCUGCGCUGAAGAAGAAAGAUGAGGACAUGAGGGCGAUGGAGGAUCGAUACAAGAUGUACCUGGAGAAAGCGCGUGAUGUGAUUCGAGCUCUGGAUCCCAAGCUAAACCCAGCCUCAGCUGAGAUCCAGUUACUGAAAGCACAGCUCUCUGAGAAAGACAAGAGGAUAAAUGCUCUGGAGCGGGAGUGUGAACAGGCCAAACUGAGGGAAUAUGAGGAGAAGUUAGUUGUGACAGCUUGGUAUAAUAAGAGUCUGAACUUCCAGAAGAUGGCAAUCGAGUCACGUCUUAGUGGGCGAUCCAACACUCUAUUGCCGCCCGGCCAGUCCUUCCUGGCUCAGCAACGUCAGGUGACCAACGCACGGCACACCAUGCCCAUCAACGUGCCUGCCACUUCUUCCAAGUAACCUUGUCCUCAGUACUUCCCCAACUUCCAGCUCUUCUCCUCCUUUCUCUCACGUGCACACUCAAGUGACCUUAAGUACACUUCUGAACAAGGGGACAAGCAUGCCAUGAUGAACAAUAGCAUGUCCCCUCACUCUCUACAGUUACACAUGUAUGUAUAAUAAUGUACAUAAGGGGUUGAACUCUAAAGAAGGUUACUCAAUCAGCACACAAAGAUAUACAGUAGCAGUCUUUUUCACUUUCAGUUCUAAACAAACACCUGUAACAGUCUGCAGCAGGGUCACUUCUGAACCUGCAUCGAUAUUAAAGGUCACUGCUGGUCAAUCUUUUAUCAAGCUCGCUCAGAUUGUGCGGGAAGAAAUGCAUUGGAUGCAUCAACAGGUCCUGUAAUUGUAGCAUGCAUGCUUUUGCUAGGAAUGACUUCCAACGAUACACUAUGCAGCCGUGGAAUAUAUUUGUAAUCGCGCAAGUACAACAUAUAAAACAUUGGAAGUUUACGCAGACUUCACAAUUUGCCCUAACUAAUCAAAAUGCUUAGAUCAGGAGGAAGAUGUAUUUGGUGCUGGACACCAUAUUCUUUAGUUUCUUUCUUCCUAUUUCAACGACUUUCUUAAACAACAAAGCAACAUUAAAAAAGACAUGCAUAUAAUCACUCUAAUUGAUUAAACCUUAAAUCCAGGUGCUUUAUUGAGCCAGUUAUAGUAUUUUAUAAUCAGUUGACUGUGAUAGGACUCUUGCAUGCUAUUUUAACAAGCAGAAGGGCCUUUUUAUCCACUUUACGUUUCCUGUCUGUGUGAAGACCUCAAUUAUCAGGAUUUGAACACCAGCACAGAAUUAUAACAGGCCAUAGAAAACUGCUGUGAUGGCUUUUAAUGUGUCUCAGAGAAUACAUGUGUGACUUGUGAAACAUAGCUGCAUCGUGAAAUGGCUUUUGCUGUAUUGUGAAUAUCGGCCCCUUGCUUAGGUUGAUUUGACUGAGCUAUCUGCUAAUAGACCAGCUGUUGCGUUUUGAAAAAUAUGCUAUCAAUUCUGUUUUUAAGGGUAAGGUCAAUCAUUGCAAUUCUGAUUUGUCUUUUCGGGUGUUUUAUUCAGCUAGGCUUUUUGGCCUGUGAUGGUUAAAUGCGUAUGUAUUUUUAAAUGCUAAUAUUUAUGUAUGAUGUGUUCCAAGGAAGAAAUCUUAAAUUUGUGAACUCAAUUUUAUGAGCACUGUCAUUGUUUGGUGAGAGAU